UUCUUCUUUCGUAUUUUGCUUUGUCUGUCCUGUCUCUCCCUUCCCCCGGACCUUUGGGCGAUAAACUUCAGAAUUCCAUUUUUGUCCUCGUCUCUUCUCCCCCGUCUCUCCUCUCUGUCGCACGUAGGUUAUGGACGGUGCUUAAUUUUAAUGGCUGCUGCAAAACCCUAGCCGCUUUCUACUGUCAAAACGACAGGACCUGUCGUGGUUGUGAUUUGAAGGGCGUCUGAGUUUUGUUUGGAUGGAUCGGUUUUGGAGAUAACUGGAUUUUCGUAAGGAGCGUUCGAGUUUGAACGAAGAUAAGAGUUAGAAUUGGGCAUAUAUUGCUUGUCCUUGUUCAGAAUGGCAGAAGACGGCCUACGAAUUGGUGGGCUUUCUUCUGGUCUAGCCGUGUUAUUGAAUGGCGAAGGCAGUAAAGAGAACUCGUUGAAAACCCAUCUUGUUUCAAAUUGUGAUGAUUUUGGCCAUCAAUCGGUGGAGCGUACCUUAGAGUAUGUUCUUGGUCUCCCUAAUAAAUCUGUUGGGUCGCUGGCCAGUCCAAUUGACAGCAAUCUAGUUCGAUGUUUGAUACAGAGUGAAUUCUCUAAAUUGCAUGCAAGUUCAAGUGUGUUUGGAAACAGAGAUGGAGUUUGUAUUUCUGGAGAUGGCUGUGCGCCCCACAUCAUUGGUCUUGAUGAAUCCAGUAUUCGUGGUGAUAUUAGAGUUAUGAAGCCACCUUUGCUUGUAGAGAGCUUGGCAAUGUUCAGCAGUGCCAGGGCUAAUGCUUUUGUGUGGAAAGGUAAAUGGAUGUAUGAAGUUAUUCUAGAAACUUCAGGUAUUCAGCAGCUUGGUUGGGCAACUGUUUCUUGCCCUUUCACUGACCAUAAGGGUGUAGGUGAUGCUGACGAUUCAUAUGCAUUUGAUGGGAGGAGGGUUAGAAAAUGGAACAAGGAAGCUGAGCCUUAUGGUCAGUCAUGGGUUGUUGGUGAUGCCAUUGGCUGCUGCAUAGAUUUGGAUUGUAAUGAAAUAUCAUUCUACAGAAAUGGUGUCUCACUUGGGCCCGCAUUUCAUGGCAUUCGUAAGAUGGGACCAGGAUCUGGAUAUUAUCCUGCAGUUUCUCUUUCUCAGGGCGAAAAAUGUGAAUUAAAUUUUGGGGCCCGCCCCUUUAGAUUCCCCAUUGAAGGCUACUUCCCCCUUCAAGCACCUCCAUCCUUGGUUCCGUUUGCUACUCAGUUGCUGUAUUGCUUGUCAAGGCUGUUGGGUAUGCACUCUGUGGAGCAGGCAAAUCACUCUUCUGUUCAGAAGUUGAGGAGACUGAAGCGGUUUGUUUCACAUGAAGAACUUUUUUAUCCUGUUUCUCAUGGCAUAUGUGAGGAAUUUUUCUCAGUACUUGGAGCAGAUGUGUGGAGCAGAGAGUACAUUGCCUGGGGUCCAUUUCUAUCAUUCAUGAUGGAAGUGUUCGGGUUGCAGAUUCCACAUGAUUAUUCGAGUUUAGAUAGAGUUCUUGAUGUCUUUCUAGAAUUUGAAGGAUCACAUUUGUUGUUUGAACAUUUCAUAAAUGCCUUGGCUUGUGGUUGCAAAACAGCUCCGCUGGUUCUAAAAGACUGCCCAUGUUCAGGGUCGUACCCAUACCUUGCGCUGGCAUGCCACAUCCUGCGACGACAAGAACUUAUGGUGCUUUGGUGGAAAUCACCUGAUUUUGAAUUCCUUUUUGAAGGUUUUCUGUCACGGAAGAAUCCAAACAAGCAUGACCUUGAAUCCAUGAUACCAUCUGUUUCUUGGCCGGGUUCAAGUGAGGAUGUGUCAUAUGAAAGUAGCAUGUUGUUGACAACUAGAGCUUUAUCUGAAGCUGUCAGUAAGAUUGAGGAGAAGCAUAGGGAUCUCUGUCACUUGGUCAUACAGUUUAUACCACCUGUGACACCUCCCCAGUUUCCUGGUUCAGUGUUCAGAACUUUUUUACAGAACCUUUUAAUAAAGAAUAGAGGGUCCGACCGCAAUCUUCCACCUCCUGGAGUUUCAAGCAAUUCUGUUCUUGUUUCUUUGUACACAGUCAUACUUCAUUUCUUAUCCGAAGGGUUUGGCAUGGGGGAUAUUUGCGGCUGGUUGAAAGGCACUGAAAAUGGCCCUGAUGUUGGUUUUCUUCAUAGGGGUGGUCACCGAAGCUUUCCUGUAGGUCUAUUUCUUAGAAAUGAUCCUCAUCGAAAUGACAGUUCUAGGCUUGGAGGGUUGUUUAGUCAUCUUUCAAAAUCAUACCAGGCAUAUGAUGAGGAAACAGAACUAAUUCGGUGGGAGGAAGGCUGUAUGGAUGAUGAAGAAACCAGAGUGACUCAUUCAACUACAAAAAAGCCAUGUUGUUGCUCGUGCUACAAUGAUGAUUUUACAAGAAUCUCGAAGUAUCCAAUUCGACACACAGCCAAAGGUUCUCGUGUCCAUUGCAGUUCCAUUCCAGAGAGAUCUGCCCAUGUUGCUACAGAAUGCAGUACUGGAAGUUUGAAUGAUGAAAUAGAAGAUAAACCUAGUUCUAGUUAUCAAUCUGAAUCUGAAUUUAGUUAUCGCCCAGUGCAGCAUAUGAAGUUUGUACAAAGGGAAAGUAAUAUAUCUUCAGCUACACUCAGAGAAGAAGAACUUCUAGACGUUUUGCUGCUGUUGUAUCAUAUAGGUCUUGCACCAAAUUUUAAGCAGGCAUCGUAUUACAUGUCUCACCAGUCGCAGUCAAUAUCCCUCAUGGAAGAAGCUGAUAAACAAUUAAGAGAAAAAACUAGCAGUGAGCAAUUAAAGCAUUUGAAAGAAGCUCGUAAUGGUUAUAGAGAAGAAGUUAUUGAUUGUGUCAGACAAUGUGCUUGGUACCGUAUUUCUCUAUUUUCUCGAUGGAAGCAAAGAGGAAUGUAUGCAACAUGCAUAUGGACCGUCCAGUUGCUUUUGGUUCUUAGCAAAGUUGAUCUACUGUUCCUUUAUAUCCCUGAAUAUUAUCUGGAAGCUCUUGUCGAUUGCUUCCAUGUAUUGCGCAAAAGUGAUCCUCCAUUUGUACCUUCAUCGAUAUUUAUCAAGCAAGGCCUUGCUUCAUUUGUCACUUUUGUGGUCACGCACUUCAACGAUCCUCGAAUAUCGAGUGCAGAUCUUAGGGAUCUGCUUCUCCAAUCAAUCUCAGUCUUGGUACAGUACAAAGAGUAUUUGUCUGUUUUUGAGAGUAAUGAAGCAGCCACCCAAAGGAUGCCUAAGGCAUUGCUGUCAGCAUUUGAUAAUAGAUCCUGGAUUCCUGUGACGAACAUUCUUCUGCGUUUGUGCAAGGGAUCUGGCUUUGGUUCUUCAAGGCAUGGAGAAUCGUCAUCUUCAUCUGUUGUCUUCCAGAGAUUGUUAGGAGAAACAUGUAUCAAUGAUGAGGAAUUGUUCUCAGCUUUUCUCAAUCGCCUAUUUAACACUCUCAGCUGGACAAUGACUGAAUUCUCAGUUUCUGUCAGAGAAAUGCAAGAGAAGUACCAGGGCUUGUUUGGUGGAGUUUACAGAAAACUUUCAAACUUAUUUGGACGUUUGAGGAAUGGAAAUGGAAAUCAGUUUUGGUGUUUUUGAAUGAACUGCUGUAUGGAAGCUGUAACUUAGAACCAGUUUUGUAUUUUCUGAAACCUUUUUCAUAAAGUGAAAACGUAUUUGGAAAUGACCACUAAAUGAAAACAUGAAUUCAAAGCAUCCUUAGCAUUAGAAAUUAUUGUCUACUACAAUUUCUGUGCAUGAUGCUAGGAAUUUAUAUUAAAGAAUACUUUUUUUGUGCUUUUAGUUGCUGUAAAAAAAAGUGUAGUGAAAAAUCCAGUUCUGAAGAUGGGUAAUACAACGUAAUUAAAGGCCCAUAACAAAUUAAGUGAAGCAAGUCUGUCUUUGUCUAACUUGGACUGGCAUGCGAAUUCGUCUCUGCCUAGAUCCAAUGCCUUAUCGACAAACCCUAGCCAUGUAUUUGGGCAAUCCAAACCCUCAACUCGCACAAAUCCUCUGGUGGAGCCUUGGUAUGGAGUACUCUUUACUGGAACAAAUCCUGAAGGGAAGAGAUUACUCAAGACCAUGGGCACGAUGCCCACAACCACAAGGCCACUCAAAGCCUUGAUGUGGGUUGAUAGGGCAGAUGAGUACUGAAAGGGGGAAGUGCUUUCUUGUUUGUACACAUUAUAAGUGAAGAAAUAACUGGGCAGAAUAAAGAGUGAAUUUUUUUCUUCAUGUCUAUAGUAGUUUUUGGAAGAUAAAAAAGAUAACCUCUGAACUGUAACUCGGUUUCCAAAAUUUCUUGAAAGCAGAACCAAAUAUGUUUCUUACUAAAUAAUCAAAUCUCUUUGGGCAGAAUAAAUAACGAGGGCACAUUUGUUAAAGCUUACUUAAUAUUUUAAGUUACUUCUGUUUGAGACCCCCUUAUUUGGAUAAAAUAUGUACAAUCAAUAUGCUUUUUUAAUUUGGACCUUGUCUGAACUUUGGUUUAUUUUUCUUAAUAGCAAAAUAGAAUAAUGUUCUAGUUUUGGUUUUGGAUAAUGAGAUAAUAAUGGAAAUAAAUGGCCUAAUAUUUGACCAGUUUGACUUGGCUAUUUUAUGUUCCAGU